AUGGUGGAUGGGCACGCCCUAGUUGGUCACGUGUUUGCCAAUGUCUCAGUGACCAAAGUGAUGGACUGUUACAGAGCAUGCCAACCAAACUGCCGUUGUAUCUCCUUCAACUUUUUGAAAUAUUCCAACCGGGAUAAAUGUCAACUGAAUGAAGAAAACCGACACCUAAAGCCCGGUGCCUUGAUGGCAAAGGAAGACUCUCAGUACUACGAUCUGGUUGUUCGCUACAACAUUGCGAGCAAUUCUGCAGUUUCAGCAUCGUCUGGAUGCACUCAGUGUUCCAACAGUUGUUGCAAAGAUCAACCGUGUCUCAAUGGAGGAACAUGUCGAGAAAACUGUCAGGAGACCGGAAAACGAUUCAUCUGCGACUGUUCGGGAUUUAUUGGCCAGAUCUGUGAGCAGGAUUGUCACCGCGCCCUCGGUAUGGAAAGCCGUGCAAUCCUUGACGGUCAAAUUAGUGCCUGGUCACAGUAUAGUAUACACCACGCCGCUGUUUACGCCAGACUCCACAAUAAAGCAGUUCAAAAUGUACACGAAGAGGCCUGGGAACCAUCAACAUCAGACGCAAAUCAGUGGCUCCAGAUUGAUUUGGUCACGCAACACGGCGUGACUCGCGUGGCAACUCAAGGAAGAUACAGGAUUAAUCACUGGGUGACAAAAUAUAAUCUGCUGUACAGUAGCGACGGGUCGACCUUCCAGUACUACAAAGAGCGAGGAGAAAGUAUAACGGAAUUAUCUGGAAACACAGAUGGUACCACUGUGGUGUCCCAUGACCUUACUCCACCAAUCGCAGCACGUUACAUUCGUUUUCGACCAAUAGCUUGGCACUGGGUGAUAGCCAUGAGAGUGGAGCUGUAUCUAAAGCAACAAGAGAGGAUUGCCAAACCAGGGACGGAAAAUAAAGAUCUGAAGUAG